AUGCACACUAUGGCAAGAAAACCCAACUGCCUUACAUUACAAAACAGCCUCACUGAAGAGGAUAGGGGAGAGGGUGCUGACCUGAGGAACACUGGAAAUAUGCGAUCUGUAAGACUAAAGUCAAGAAGUGCAUGUGUGCAGGAUCCUCUGGUGGUUUCCCACAGGGAUAUGGUAUGCUUGCUAUGUCGCUUCAGUCCUGUCUUGACUCUUUGUGAUCCUAUGGACUGUGGCCCACCAGGCUCCUCUGUCCAUGGGAUUCUCCAGGCAAGAAUACUGGAGAGUGGGUUGCCAUGCCUUCCUCCAGGGACUCUUCCCAACUCAGGGAUCAAAUCUGUAUCUCUUAUGUCUCCUGCAUUGUUGGGUGGGUUCUUUACCACUAGUGCCACCUGA